AUGCCAGUUCCGAAUCCAAAACUCGACGGAAGGCUUGAGCAUGCCAUCACAUCCACUUCCCCAGAAAUCCUGCAGAACGUCGUGAAAGACCUCUGUGCAGACAUGCCGGAAGCGCGAAACCACCUCUCUUCUCGGCUACUCUUACCCGAAGAACAGAUCGUUUUAGUCAAGAGCACAGAGACCACCAAUGGUCCCCUGGAAGCCGGGAGCAAGAGAAAGAGAGGAUCUCAAGAUUCUGUCCCCGCGUCGGACGAGAACAAGAAGGUCAAGCUCCGUUACGCGACCUGCCAGAAUUGCACCGAAGAAUUCGACGUGACGGAGAAUACGAGCACGAGCUGCCAUUUUCACCCGAGUAAGACUUGA